UCAGCUGAGCUACUUUCUGUCACUUUGUUACAGUACUCUGUUUCAACUUCCAAUCAAACAAACAAAAAAAAAAAACUUAGAAAGCAAAAAAUCAAAUCUAAACUCAAAUCUCCUCCAUUCUAAAAUCAAGAAUGGAGAAACACAAACCCUUAUUCAGAAUCUUAAUCUGGGUUCUUCUUCUCAUCUUCACAAACCCAGUCAUCUCCACUGAAAUUGAUGAAUUCAUCUACAAUGGAUUCACAGGAGGAAGAAACAACAUCAACAACAACAACAUAAGCUUAGAUGGAAUAGCAGAGAUUGAAAAAGACAACGGAAUCCUCAGAUUAACAAACCACACAUCAAGAUUAUAUGGUCAUGCUUUCUAUCCAUCUCCAUUAACAUUCAUCCAAAACGGUAAAGUGGUUUCAUUCUCAACUUGUUUUGCAUUCGCAAGUGUACCUGAAUAUCAGAGAUUAGGUGGGCAUGGAUUAGCUUUUGUGAUUUCACCAACUAGGGAUUUAACUGGUGCACAUCCAUCUCAGUACUUGGGUUUACUUAAUGCUAGUGAUGAUAAAAGUGUUGAAAAUCAUUUGCUUGCUGUUGAAUUUGACACUGUUCAGGAUUUUGAGUUCCAUGAUAUUGAUGAUAACCAUAUUGGGAUUGAUAUCAAUAGUUUAACAUCGAAUGCAUCUGUAUCUGCGGCGUAUUGGAAUGGCGAUGGUGUUGCUAAAACUAAUUUGACAUUGAAGAAUGGGAAUACUAUUAAAGCUUGGAUUGAUUAUGAUUCAGGGAGCAAUGUUCUGAGUGUGACGGUGUCGCCGUUUAAUAAGAAACCGCCUAAGGCGAUUUUGUCUUAUAAAGUAGAUCUAUCUUUGGUGUUUAAGGAUUCUAUGUAUGUUGGUUUUUCUGCAUCUACUGGUUUGCUAGCAAGUAGUCAUUAUGUGUUUGGAUGGAGUUUUAAGGUGAAUGGUGUAGCUGAGGAUCUUAAUCUUGCGAAGCUUCCGUCUUUGCCUAAACCGGUGAAAGAUCGGACUGCGUUGAUUGCUGGUGUGACUACUUGUUUAGUUAUUGUUUUCUUGAUUGGUGUAAUUGUUUUAGCUGUUUGGGGUUACAGGAAAUUCAAGAAUAGAGAUGCGGUUGAGGAUUGGGAAAUUGAUAUUGGUCCUCAUAGGUACUCUUAUAGUGAAUUGAAGCGCGCCACAAAUGGUUUUACGGAUAAAGAUCUACUUGGGUUUGGUGGAUUUGGUAAAGUUUAUAAAGGGAUUUUGCCGAAAUCGAAAAUUGAAGUUGCAGUUAAACGGAUUUCGAAUGAAUCGAAACAAGGUUUGAGGGAAUUUGUUUCUGAAAUUGCUUCAAUUGGUCGUCUGCGUCAUAGGAAUUUAGUUCAAUUGCAAGGUUGGUGCAGAAGAAGAAGUGAUCUUUUGCUCGUAUAUGAUUAUAUGCCUAAUGGAAGUUUAGAUAAGUACCUGUUUGAUGAGCCUGAAAUGAUAUUAAGUUGGGAACAAAGGUAUAAUGUCAUCAAAGGUGUAGCUUCCGGGUUGUUAUAUUUACAUGAAGAAUGGGAGCAAGUAGUGAUUCAUCGAGACAUUAAAGCCAGUAAUGUAUUGCUAGAUAAUGAAAUGAAUGGCCGUCUUGGUGAUUUUGGGUUAGCAAGAUUAUGUGAACAUGGAUCGAAUCCAGAUACAACAAGGGUGGUUGGAACAUUGGGUUAUCUAGCGCCAGAGCUGACAAGAACGGGCAAAGGAACACCAAGUUCAGAUGUUUUCGCAUUCGGAGCAUUCUUGUUAGAAAUUGUUUGCGGAAGAAGACCCAUUGAACCGAAAGCUUUGCCGGAAGAAUUAAUAUUGGUAGAUUGGGUUUGGGAGAAAUGGAGAGAUGGAUUGAUUCUUGAUGUUGUUGACGCAAGACUGAAAGGUGAUUUCAAUGAAGGUGAAGUUGUUUUGGUACUGAAACUAGGAUUAAUGUGUUCGAAUUCUGCAGAUACGACAAGGCCGAGUAUGAGACAAGUUGUUAGGUACUUAGAAGGUGAAGCUAAGGCACCUGAGAGUUUGAGUUCACCAGGUGAGUUUGAGUCAGGUAAGAAUCCAGGGUUUGAUGAUUUCCUGACUUCUUCGACUUAUUCCUUUAACAAUGGUGCAGCUGAAAAUCGAAAAACUACCACUAAGGUCACUACUGCUACUGAUGAUGUUCCUUUAACUUCUCCUGUUUCCAUUCUCUCCGGUUAUAAAAAUGGCGAUGAUAGGUGGUCAGUUACUCAAUGAUAGCGGCACUUGGGGAGACUGCAGCAACAAAGACCAAUGAACCAGGGAGGCCCCUGGUAAUAGAGGUAAAACUCCGGCAGCAUUGUCUGAUACAUAACCGUAAUUCCUGGAUUACCACAUGGAGUGUUUAGUGUUCCGCCUAAACAGUUGUUAAUGCUUCUCGAUUAGAUGAAGUCAUUGAAUUUACUAGUAUCUUGUGAAAAACAUGUUGAAUGAAAUUGUGGGAGAACCAGAGGAAAUGAAAUGUGAAACAUGUUGAUACCGAAAGGAGAACUAAUUGGUAACCAUUACUAUUUUUUUUGUUUAAAUACAUCUAUCAAAAUCAUAAAUGUAAUUUGAGUGAAUGAAAUGGGAAUUUUCAGAGAGGUUUUUAAUAAAUUUGGUUUCAUUUUGGGUUGUGUUUUCGCAAA